AAAUCAGAGUUGAGAGCAAAAAAAAAAUCAGUGAGAGCUGGAAACAACGCUGCAAACUGCAAAGGCGGAGACCAAACAUAAAAAGAGAGAGAAAGUGAGCGGAUUCAUCACUCAACAACACUUCAUCGACUUAAUUUCAAUUUCAUUCGCGAAGAUUCAUAUUUCUUCAUCGAAAUUCAGCUGAUUUCGUAAUUGUUUUCAUUGAAUUAAUUUUUUUUUUUAUUGUUGUUGUGGUGCUGGAUUUUUUCGGACAACUUACGAAGAACUGGAAACCCUAGAAAUUUCGAUUGAACAUGGAAAAUGGUGGAUUGUCGGAGAAAUUUGGGGAAUUAAGUAUAGAAAACGCAAAAGAUCAUAGUCUUCUUCAGGUUAUUAAAGCAGUCGAAGUUGCUGAGGACACCAUUCGCGAACAGUAUGAAGAGAAUAAUAGGUUAAAGGCAGAGCUUCUGAAGAGAAAUCAGGAACUUGAAAAUCUUAAACUUGAUAAGCCAAUAGCUCAGAUAUUUUACUCUGGUAAUUCGUCCGACGAACAUAGACAGGGAACUAAUAUGGUCCAUCAAGCGGCUCAAAUAUAUGAUACUUCAGGUGGCCAGACUGCAGAAAAUGCUACCUUCUCUCAUCCCGCGUCACCCGCAUUAUACUCUCCUGGCAGGUUCUCAAAGGAUGGACAAUAUGAUCCCAGCAAUGGUCCUGUACAAAGAUUGAUGCAAGUCACUGAAUCAAAUAAUCAUAACAACCUUUGGAAGCAGAUUAGGGAGCGUGAAGAGGAGAUCAUUCAGCUUCGGAAGCAUCUAAAUGACUAUUCCAUAAAGGAAGCCCAAAUUCGCAAUGAAAAAUAUGUUCUAGAUAAACGCAUUGCUCAUAUGCGAAUGGCAUUUGAUCAGCAGCAGCAAGAUCUAGUUGAUGCAGCAUCUAAAGCUCUUUCUUAUAGGCAAGAUAUAAUAGAAGAGAAUGUACGCCUAAGUUAUGCUUUACAGGACGUGCAGCAAGAGAGGACAACUUUUGUAACAUCUUUGCUGCCUCUUCUUGCUGAAUAUUCUCUUCAGCCGCAGGUUUCAGAUGCCCAAUCAAUUGUUAGUAAUAUCAAGGUAGGUUUAAGGUGUCUCCUUCUGCUCAAUACUGAUAGUGCCUUUCUUUACUGGCUGCUGCAGAUCUUAUUUAGACAUCUGCAUGAAAAAUUAAAUAUCACUGAGGCAAAGUUAAAGGAGUCUCAGUAUCAACUGACACCAUGGCGUUCUGGUGGAACUAGCCCAAAUUUUGCUGCACAAUCGCCUGAAGAUCCCAGUGAUGCAGCAUUUGCUUCAAGAAAAGUUGGGCUUGAACUUGUGCCUCGUCCGUCAUAUUCUCCUGCAAACAUGGCAAACUCUGAUGGUCAGAUUGCUGCAGAUUGGAAUUCUAGGGGGCAGCAUGCUGCUCAAGCUGGUGCAACUACUGCUGUGUUACAGAAUGCAGAGUUAGAUAAUAUGGGGAGGUAUUCACCUCUAGUUAGUAGGGAUUUAGAUGUCCAUGAUGCACCAACACAAGCUCCUGUCAGCCAUGAGGAAAUGCAGAUUACACAUAAUAGGCAGGUCAAAUUUAAAGAUCCCGUCAGUAGUUCUGAGCUAUAUGGAGCUGCUGCAGAAGGGCAACAUAAUGAGAAUGAAGAUACUGGGACUUGGGGAUUGGGGACAUCUCCUUAUUCCAACACACUUGAGGAUCAAAAUUCAUCCUAUUCCCGAUAUCUUCAACCAGUUCCUGAAGAACCUUCAUCAUCGUUCUCAGAGGCUGCUGAUGAUGACCCAUUACCAGCAAUAGAGGACCUUCAAAUAUCAGGUGAACCUUAUCCUGGGCAAGAAAUCCAAGCUUGUGGUUAUUCCACCAAUGGAACAACCAGCUGCAACUUUGAGUGGGUGCGCCAUUUGGAGGAUGGAUCAGUGAAAUACAUUGAUGGCGCAAAACAACCUGUCUACCUCAUUACAGCUGAUGAUGUGGAGUCUUAUCUGGCUAUUGAAGUCCAGCCUUUGGAUGACAGAAAGAGGAAGGGGGAGCUUGUAAAGGUUUUUGCUAAUGAGCACAGAAAAAUCACUUGUGAUCCUGUUAUGCAGAGUCAUAUAGAAGAAAACUUGCGGAAUGGUCAUGCCUCAUAUAAAGUAUCUGUUUCGACAGGUUAUCUUGACAUAUGGGAGCCAGCUACUUUGACUAUAAAGCGUGAGGGUUACAGUAUUAAGGGUAGUGGAUCUAGCAGUAUCGUCGUCAAUGAGAAGUUUGUACCAGGAACCACUGUAACCAUUACCCAUGGAAACGUUAUCGAUUUUUCUGUCUUUGGUCCUAGUGAUGUUGUGCACCUCUUGCGAGCUGAGAAUACUGUACCAGACAUUGCUAGUUUGAGAGAUGCAAUUGUCCUUACGUUGAGAUUAUUCAUCAUAAAGGCUAUGCAGAAAGGAAAAGGAAAAAGGAGGAGGAUGUUCUUUAGCAAGUGAUGGUUCUGUAUGCUGGAGGUUCUCUCUUUCUCUCCCCUGCUUUAUUUUUUGGGUGAAACACAAGGAGAUGGGGUUACAAAAGAAAUAGAUAUACUGUAUUCACUUCAGGCUAGCAGGUUAUUGUGUAUAACAGCGAGACAGUAGGAGAGUUCGGAAAGGAUAGGUGAUGUAAGUUAUAGGGUAUUCAGGAAUCUAUUCAAUCAAUUCAAUUUUGGUGCAUUUUUGUUGUCGAGUGUCCAUCUUCUGUAGUGACUUAAACCUAGUUGCACUGAGGAGAAGCUAAAGCGAUGUACUCUUUGCUUGUUCCUUUAAAAUGUAAAUGCCAGUAAAUAUUUACUUCA